GCUUGCUCCGGCCGCAGUCCCCGUCUGGGGCGGAACCGGGGGGCUCUGCGGGUUCUCGCGAGAAGUUCUCAGCUGCUGGGUCUGCGGGUGACCUAACCCGUGCGGGCCCUCCCUGGGCCGAAGAUGGGGGUGUGCGUAGUGAAACCUCAGUUCCUAUGGCUGGUCCUGGUCAUCCAGCUCUGGAAACCCUGCUUAGGUACAGACUUGGAGAAGCCCUCCAGCAUCCCCACAGAUAAAUUAUUAGUCAUAACUGUAGCAACAAAAGAAAGUGAUGGAUUCCAUCGGUUUAUGCAGUCAGCCAAAUACUUCAAUUACACUGUGAAGGUCCUUGGUCAAGGAGAAGAGUGGAGAGGAGGUGAUGGAAUUAAUAGUAUUGGAGGGGGCCAAAAAGUGAGAUUAAUGAAGGAAGUUAUGGAACGUUAUGCCGAUCAAGAGGAUCUGGUUGUCUUGUUUACUGAAUGCUUUGAUGUCAUAUUUGCUGGUGGUCCAGAAGAAGUUCUGAGAAAGUUCCAGAAGUCAAAUCACAAAGUGGUCUUUGCAGCAGAUGGGAUUUUGUGGCCAGAUAAAAGACUGGCAGACAAGUACCCUGUUGUUCACAUUGGGAAACGCUACCUGAAUUCAGGAGGAUUUAUUGGUUAUGCACCAUAUAUCAACCGUAUAGUUCAACAGUGGAAUCUACAGGAUAAUGAUGAUGAUCAACUAUUUUACACUAAAAUUUACAUCGAUCCUCUGAAGAGGGAAGCUUUUAACAUCACAUUGGAUCACAAAUGCAGAAUUUUCCAGGCUUUGAAUGGAGCUGUAGAUGAAGUUGUUUUGAAAUUUGAAAAUGGCAAAGCCAGAGCUAAGAAUGUAUUUUACGAAACAUUACCAGUGGCAAUUAAUGGAAAUGGACCCACCAAGAUUCUCCUGAAUUAUUUUGGGAACUAUGUGCCUAAUGCAUGGACACAGGACAAAGGCUGCACUUUCUGUGAACUAGAUACAAUUGACUUGUCUGCAGUAAAUGUCUAUCCAAAUGUAACAAUAGGUAUUUUUAUUGAGCAACCAACCCCUUUCCUACCUCGCUUUCUGGACACAUUACUGACCCUGGAUUACCCAAAAGAAGCACUUAAAGUAUUUAUUCAUAACAAAGAAGUUUAUCAUGAAAAGGACCUCAAGGUAUUUUUUGAUAAAGCUAAACAUGAAAUCAGUACUAUAAAAAUAGUAGGACCAGAAGAGAAUCUAAGUCAAGCCGAAGCCAGAAACAUGGGAAUGGAUUUUUGCCGUCAGGAUGACAGCUGUGAUUAUUACUUUAGUGUGGAUGCAGAUGUUGUUUUGACAAAUCCAAGAACUUUAAAGGUUUUGAUUGAACAAAACAGAAAGAUCAUUGCUCCUCUUGUAACUCGCCAUGGAAAGCUAUGGUCCAACUUCUGGGGAGCACUUAGUCCUGAUGGAUAUUAUGCUCGAUCUGAAGAUUAUGUGGACAUUGUUCAAGGGAAUAGAGUAGGGCUAUGGAAUGUCCCAUACAUGGCUAAUGUGUACUUAAUUAAAGGAAAGACUCUUCGAUCGGAAAUGAAUGAAAGGAACUAUUUUGUUCGGGAUAGACUGGAUCCUGACAUGGCUUUUUGCCGAAAUGCUAGAGAAAUGACUUUACAAAGGGAAAAAGACUCCCCUACUCCGGAAACAUUCCAAAUGCUCAGCCCCCCAAAGGGUGUAUUUAUGUACAUUUCUAACAGACAUGAAUUUGGAAGACUACUAUCAACUGCUAAUUAUAAUACUUCCCAUUAUAACAAUGACCUUUGGCAGAUUUUUGAGAAUCCUGUGGACUGGAAGGAAAAGUACAUAAACCGUGAUUAUUCAAAGAUUUUCACUGAAAAUAUAGUUGAACAGCCUUGUCCAGAUGUCUUUUGGUUUCCAAUAUUUUCUGAAAAAGCCUGUGAUGAGCUGGUGGAAGAAAUGGAGCAUUAUGGCCAGUGGUCUGGAGGGAAGCAUCAUGAUAGCCGUAUAUCUGGUGGUUAUGAAAAUGUCCCAACUGAUGAUAUCCACAUGAAGCAAGUUGAUCUGGAGAACGUAUGGCUUCAUUUCAUCCGGGAGUUUAUUGCACCGGUUACACUGAAAGUCUUUGCAGGCUAUUAUACGAAGGGGUUUGCAUUAUUGAAUUUUGUGGUAAAAUACUCCCCGGAUAGACAGCGUUCUCUUCGUCCUCAUCAUGAUGCUUCUACGUUUACCAUCAACAUUGCACUCAAUAGCGUGGGAGAAGAUUUUCAGGGAGGUGGAUGCAAGUUUUUAAGGUACAAUUGCUCUAUUGAAUCACCCAGAAAGGGCUGGAGCUUCAUGCAUCCAGGGAGACUCACGCAUCUGCAUGAAGGACUUCCUGUUAAAAAUGGAACGAGAUACAUUGCAGUGUCGUUUAUAGACCCCUAAGUUAUUCACUCUCUUUUGAAUCGUUGUUUUUUUUGGAAUGGUUGACUGGCAUGAACAUAUAUGAAGUUGUGCUUGAGAAGAUGAGAGGAAUAUUUAAGUAACUUCAACAGAACAACUUCACUUUGGGCCAAACAUUUGAAAAACUUUAUAAAAAAUUGUUUGAUAUAUCCUAAUGUCUGCUCUGAGCCUUAAAACACAGAUCGAAGAAGAAAAGAAAGAAAAAGCUAAAGUGAAUAUUUAUUUCUUUGCCUUAUUGUCUCUGAGAAUAAUGACAGUUUCCUGAAUUUUUGUUUCAGUUGAUGAAAUAUUCAGGUACAAAUGUACAAAUGACAAGUGAGACUAAUAAUAUUUUCUUAUUUAACAAAGCCUGGGAAGAAUUUUAUUUAACAACAUUUAGAUAAAAUGGAAAUAAAUGAAAAUUGGCAAUUUUUGAAAUGUUGGAAAACUGGAAUUCUAACGGAAUUUGUGUGCAGUUAAUGUGUAAGUACUUUUUUGACCUCCUAUGUAGGGAUGUUUUAUGGUAGUUCCUGACGGAAUACAAAGAACAGUAUUACACAAUGUUUUCCCCUAAGAACUUAGUGCAAAAUACAAUGAAUUGCAUAUCCGGUUGAAAACAUUUUUGUUUAGAUUCUUGGACAGAUUUUUUAUAUUUGUAUUAGAAAUAAAGCCCUGUGUUCAUUCCUUCAGAUGAAUUUUCCAAGGUAGAUUAUAUUAAGUAGAUAUUAGAAAAGCUUUCAAACUUUCAAUUCCUUAAGUAUUGACUAAGAUCAUUAAGUGUCCUUAUGUCGGGGAAGGUGGUUUUUCUUUAAUUCUAGAAAAUUAUAAAGAUACAUUUUUCUUGGAGAUGAGUAGCAGCAUUUUAUUAUUUAAAAAGAUUUUUAAAGUACUUGAAUUUUAUAUCAGGAGAAUAAGUUAGCAAGUCUCUCUUCCCUUUUCCCUCUGCCUCCCUCCUCACUCUCUUUUUAGGGAGGGUUGUUCACUUUUUUUUGUCUUCCCAGCAUAGUCUUUAUUUUAUCUUUCUUACUUUUUUUAUUAGCUUUUUAAAAUCCCACUUUGAAAUAAUUUCCCUACGCAAAACAAUUUGUGCCUUGAUUUUCACUAAUUCUCUCAGUGAGGUUUAAAUAGCCUUCUUGUAGCUACUGUUUUUAAUUUAUAGGUUAAACUUGAAAGAAGUUCUGAGUCAUGGUGCCAAAAUUCAUA